AUGGGGCUACUGGGAAGACCAAGGCAGUGGAAGAACCUGUGGCAGCCCUUACGACCACCACGGAGAUGGAUGAAGAACUGUGAGAGGCUUUUGAUGCCGUUGAUAAAGAAGAAGAAGCUACCAAGGAUGAAGAAGAGGAGGAGAUUCCUGCUAAAGUGA